AUGCGCCUCAACCCCGAGAAAUGCACCUUCGGAGUCAAGAGCGGGAAGUUUCUGGGAUAUAUGCUCACCAGUCGUGGGAUUGAACUAAACCCCGAAAAGUGCCAGGCUAUGGUAGAAAUGAAAAGCCCUAGGACGGUCAAGGAAGUCCAGCAAUUGGCGGGGCGGAUGGCAGCAAUCGGACGGUUUCUCCCGAAGGCUGCCCUAAGAGCCUUACCACUCUAUGCCCUGCUAAAGAAAGGAGCGACCUUUACUUGGUCAGAAGAGGCCGAACAGGCUUUCUCCCGGCUGAAAGAGGUUCUCACCUCCCCACCGAUCCUAUCAAGUCCAAAGCCAGGGGAGCCCCUAUACUUAUACUUAGCUGUCCGAGACAAGGCUGUGAGCUCCGUGCUGGUACGAGAGGAAGCGGGAGCCCAACUUCCGGUCUACUUCGUCAGUCGCUCGCUCAAAGGAGCUGAGCUAAGAUAUCAGAUGCUCGAAAAGGUGGCACUCGCCCUCCUAACCACGGCCAGGCGACUCAGAAGGUACUUCCAGUCUCAUAGCAUCAUUGUCCGCACAGAUCAACCGGUCAGGCAAGUCCUCCAUAAACCGGAUCUAGCCGGUCGAAUGGUGGGUUGGUCGAUCGAGCUUUCCGAGCAUGAUAUUCGAUAUGAGCCCAGACGGGCGAUCAAGGCGCAAGUCCUAGCAGAUUUCCUGGUCGAACUCACGAGAGAAGAAGACCCACCGGCGGAAAUCUCCUGGGUAGUCCAUGUGGAUGGCUCGAGCAACAAAGAGGGGGGCGGCGCCGGGAUCGUCCUACAAAGCAACUCAGGGAUGAUCGUGGAACAGUCGCUGCGCUUUAAUUUCCCGGCCACCAACAACCAAGCUGAGUAUGAAGCUUGCAUCGCCGGCCUGGAGACAGCGAGGGACCUGGGGGCGCAGGACAUACUUGUCUGCUGCGACUCCUUACUAGUGGUCUCACAGGCUAACGGAGAGGCGCAGACUAAGGACCCAAUUCUGGAACAAUACCUCUCCCACCUGAAGCGGCUGGCUGCCACCUUUCGUAAGGUGGAGUUCCGCCACGUCCCAAGAGCUGAAAACGACCGCGCGGACACCCUAGCAAAGCUGGCUAGCACCGGGAAACCCGGCCUGAACAGGACAGUCAUCCAGGGCACCCUGGCCCUCCCGUACGUCGCAGGCCCCGACCGGUCCACUGGAGUCCACGCCUUGAGCAUUGGCACGGACGACGAUUGGAGGACCCCUAUUGUUAAGAACCUCACCACAGGCUGGCUACCACCCGACAAGUCGGAAGCCAAGAAGCUGACCAGAAGAGCUUCCUGGUACACCUUGGUGAACGGAGACCUCUUUAAGAGAGGAUUUUCCACUCCUCUCCUUAAGUGCUUAUCAAAGGAACGUGCGGAGUAUGUGCUCGCCGAAAUCCAUGAGGGCAGCUGUGGCCACCACCCCGGCGGGCGUUCUCUGGCGAGAAAGGUCCUCCGGGCCGGCUACUACUGGCCCACCCUGGAGAAAGACGCUGCUGACCACGUUAAGCGAUGUGACUCCUGCCAGAAACAUGCCGACCACCGCUUAGCCCCGCCGGAACGACUCUCGACUAUGGUCUCCCCUUGGCCUUUCCACCAAUGGGGAAUGGACCUCUUAGGACCCUUUACAACCGCGCCCGGACAGCUGAAACACCUGGUCGUCGCGGUAGACUACUUCACCAAGUGGAUUGAAGCAGAGCCCCUUGCAACUAUCACUUCGGCCCGCAUACAGCGUUUCUUCUACAAGAACAUCAUCAGCCGAUUCGGGGUACCUGGAGUCCUGAUUACCGACAAUGGCACACAGUUUGCCUCCCAAGGGAUCAAGGAACUCGUGGACGGGCUUCACAUCAAGCACCACUUCACCUCUGUGGAACACCCCCAGACGAACGGACAAGCUGAAGCGGCAAACCGAGUAUUCCUUAGAGGACUCAAGAAAAGACUGGACGACGCUAAGGGCAACUGGGCAGAGCAACUCGAUCAUGUCCUAUGGGCAUAUCGCACAACUCCGCACUCUACGACUGGGGAGAGCCAUUUUCGCUUAACUUUCGGCACAGAGGCGGUUAUCCCAGCAGAGAUUGGAGAGCCGAGCGCUCGUACCAUGGGCCACGACCCAGGACAGAACGACCAACUCAUCAAUGAAGACCUGGACCUGCUCGCCGAAAGGAGAGCCGUCGCCAACUGCAGGGAGUUGAUCGCGAAGCAGCAUGCAGCCAUCCGCUACAGUAAGAAGGUCGUCCACCGCGCGUUCCUACCAGGGGACUUAGUCCUCCGCAACGCCAGCAUCGGAGCCCGAGGGACCGAGCGAGGCAAGUUGGCCGCCAACUGGGAAGGCCCAUACAGAGUAACUGAAGCAACCGGCACCGGCGCCUACAAGUUGGAAAAACUCUCGGGCGAAGCAAUUCCCCGCACUUGGAAUGCCGCCAACUUGAACCGCUACUACAGCUAG